AUGGCAACAAUUCGAAAAAAGGUGGACAACCGGAUUCGGGUCCAGAUAGAGAAUGGAGUCGCUACACAGAACCGAUCCAUGUUUGUGGUGGUGGGAGAUCGCGGGAGAGAUCAGGUCGUGAUCCUGCAUCACAUGUUGUCCAAAGCUGCAGUCAGAGCUCGACCUUCAGUGCUCUGGUGCUACAAGAAAGAUUUGGGAUUCAGCAGCAACAGAAAGAAACGCAUGAGGCAGCUGCAGAAGAAGAUAAAAACCGGCACACUCAACCUGAAUCAGGAUGACCCCUUCGAACUCUUCGUCGCUGCCACCAACAUCCGCUACUGUUACUACAAUGAGACUCACAAGAUUCUGGGAAACACUUAUGGCAUGUGCGUUUUACAGGACUUUGAAGCUCUCACUCCCAACCUUUUGGCAAGAACCAUCGAGACGGUGGAAGGAGGUGGUAUUGUGGUCAUUCUGCUCCGGACAAUGAACUCCCUCAAGCAGCUGUACACCAUGACUAUGGAUGUGCAUUCCCGAUACAGGACUGAGGCUCAUCAGGAUGUGGUUGGCAGGUUCAAUGAGAGGUUCAUCCUGUCUCUCGCGUCUUGCAAAAAUUGUGUUGUUAUCGAUGAUCAACUCAACAUUCUGCCAGUCUCCAGCAACAUGGCAAACAUCAAGCCAGUCCCUCCGAAGACCCAGGAGGACAGUGUGUCUCCUCGAGAGCAGGAGCUGAAGGAUCUUAAGGAGUCGCUCCAGGACACUCAGCCUGUGGGCGUGUUGGUCGAUUGCUGCAGGACCAUGGAUCAAGCAAAGGCAGUGCUGAAGUUUAUAGAGGCGAUAUCUGAGAAGACCCUGAGGAGCACCGUGGCUCUGACCGCCGCCCGGGGUCGGGGGAAGUCUGCGGCGAUGGGGCUGGCUGUGGCUGGAGCCGUAGCUUUUGGCUACUCCAACAUAUUUGUGACCUCCCCAAGCCCAGACAACCUUCACACAAUGUUUGAGUUCAUCUUCAAAGGCUUUGAUGCCCUGGAGUAUCAGGAGCAUCUUGAUUACGAGAUCAUCCAGUCUUUGAACCCGGAGUUCAACAAAGCCGUGGUGCGAGUGAACAUCUUUAAAGAACAUCGUCAGACCAUUCAGUACAUCCACCCUGCGGACGCGGUGAAGCUGGGCCAGGCCGAGCUGCUGCUCAUCGACGAGGCGGCGGCCAUCCCUCUCCCUCUGGUGAAGAAGCUGCUGGGACCCUAUCUGGUUUUCAUGGCCUCCACCAUCAACGGGUAUGAAGGCACCGGCCGCUCCCUUUCCCUCAAACUGAUCCAGCAGCUGAGGCAGCAGAGUGCCGACAGCCAGCAGAGCCUGUCGGCGGAGAACCGGAGCACCAACACGGCGCGGCUAGCGGCAGCGCGCACCCUCCACGAGGUUUCCCUGCACGAGUCCAUCCGGUACGCUCCGGGGGACCCGGUGGAGAAGUGGCUGAACGAGCUGCUCUGCCUGGACUGUCUCAGCAUUCCCAGGCUCAUGUCCGGCUGCCCACUCCCACAGACCUGCGACCUGAUUGUCCUCAGCGCGCGCUUUUCCAGAUAUUAUGUGAACAGAGACACGCUCUUCUGUUACCACAAAGCGUCCGAGGCUUUCCUGCAGAGGCUGAUGGCUCUCUAUGUGGCGUCCCACUACAAGAACUCCCCAAAUGACCUCCAGAUGCUGUCCGAUGCUCCGGCCCAUCACCUCUUCUGCCUCCUCCCUCCGGUUUCCCCCACACAGAACUCGCUCCCCGAGGUCCUCGCCGUGGUGCAGGUGUGUCUCGAGGGGGAAAUAUCAAGACAGUCCAUCCUCAACAGUCUGUCCAGAGGGAAGAAGGCCUCAGGGGACCUCAUUCCCUGGACCGUGUCAGAACAGUUUCAAGACCCAGAGUUUGGCAGCCUGUCUGGAGGCAGAGUGGUGCGAAUAGCUGUCAAUCCAGACUACCAGGGGAUGGGUUACGGCUCCAGAGCACUUCAGCUGUUGCAGAUGUACUACGAGGGCAAGUUUCCCUCCGUGGAUGAGGGCGCGGCCUCCAACUCAACGGAAAUCAUCCCUGUUAGCAGCGAGGCGGUGAGUCUGCUGGAGGAGGUCAUCACUCCCCGGAAGGAGCUCCCUCCUCUGCUGCUGAAGCUCAGUGAGAGGAGGGCCGAGCGGCUGGACUAUUUAGGGGUCUCUUAUGGCCUCACUGCACAGCUGCUCAACGGCUCAGAGCUGGCCGCGUGCUUCACCCCCUACGACCUCAAACGCCUGGAGCUGUACUCCAGGAGCAUGGUGGACUACCACCUCAUCAUGGACCUCGUCCCAACGGUGGCACGCACCUUCUUCCUGAAGCGCCUCGGCAACGUCUCCCUCUCAGCGGCCCAGUGUGCAUUGCUGCUGGGAAUAGGACUACAGCACAAGUCUGUGGAGCAGCUAGAAAAGGAAAUCGAUCUCCCAAGCUCGCAGCUCAUGGGCCUCUUCAACCGCCUCAUCCGCAAGUUUGUGUUCACCAGCAUCCAGGAGAAAGCAAUAGAAGCGGAGAUGGUAACCGCUAAAGAUGUUUCCAUGGAGCCCACUGUCAGAAGCCUUAAUGAAGAUCUGAAGCUGGCUCUAGGGACGUGGAACGUCACCUCUCUGGCGGGGAAGGAGCCUGAGCUGGUGUGCGAGGUGGAGAGAUUCCGGCUGGACAUAGUCGGUCUCGCCUCGAUACACAGCUCUGGCUCUGGAACCAGCCUUCUCGAGAGGGGCUGGACGCUCUGCUACUCUGGAGCUGCCCCCGGUGAGACGCGCCGAGCAGGAGUGGGCAUACUCAUUGCCCCUCAUCUCGGUGCCUGUACGUUGGGGUUUACCCCAGUGAGCGAGAGGGUAGCAUCCCUUCGCCUGCGGGUGGGGGGACUAGUCCUGACUGUCGUUUGUGCCUAUGCGCCUAGCGGCAGUCCAGAGUACCCACCCUUUUUGAAGUCCUUAGAGGGGGUACUGGAGGGUGCCCCCUCUGGGAACUCCCUCGUUUUGCCGGGGGACUUCAACGCUCACGUGGGCAACGGCAGUGAGACCUGGAGGGGCGUGGUUGGGAGGAAUGGCCCCCCCAGCGUGAAUCCGAGUGGUGAUCUGUUUUUGGACUUCUAUGCUCGGCGCGGAUUGUCCGUAACGAACACCAUGUUCAAACAUAAGAGUGUCCAUAUGUGCACCUGGCACCAGGACACUCUAGGCCGCAGCUCAAUGAUCGACUUCGUUGUCGUUUCAGCUGAUCUGCGGCCGCAUGUUUUGGACACUCGGGUCAAAAGGGGGGCGGAGCUUUCCACUGACCACUACCUGGUGGUGAGUUGGCUCCGAUGGUGGGGGAGGAUGCCGGUGAGACCCGGGAGGCCCAAACGUGUUGUGAGGGUCUGCUGGGAGCGCCUGGCGGAGUCCCCUGUUAGGCGGAGCUUUAACUCCCACCUCCGGGAGAACUUCAAGCACGUUCCGGGGGAGGCGGGGGACAUUGAGUCCGAGUGGGCCGUGUUCCGCGCCUCCAUCAAUGACGCGGCCUCCCGGAGUUGCGGUCGCAGGGCUGUCGGUGCCUGUCGUGGCGGCAACCCUCGAACCCGCUGGUGGACACCGGCGGUGAGGGAUGCCGUCAGGCUGAAGAAAGAGUCCUACCAGGCCUUUUUGGCCUGUGGGACUCCGGAGGCAGCCGAUGGGUAUCAGCAGUCCAAGCGACGUGCGGCUCGGGUGGUCGCCGAGGCAAAAACCCGGGCGUGGGAGGAGUUUGGGGAGGCCAUGGAAAAAGACUUCCGUACGGCCUCGAGGCGAUUCUGGUCCACCAUCCGGCAUCUCAGGGGGGGGAAGCAGUGCCCCACCAACACUGUUUACAGUGGGGAUGGUGUGCUGUUGACCUCAACUGGUGACGUUGUGGGUCGGUGGGCGGAGUACUUCGAGAACCUCCUCAAUCCCACUGGCGCGUCCUCCAUUGGAGGGGCAGAGCCUGGGGAUCCGGAGUUGGGAUCUCUAAUCUCCGGGGCUGAAGUCACCGAGGUAGUCAAAAAGCUCCGCGGUGGCAAGGCUCCUGGGGUGGAUGAGAUCCGGCCGGAGUUCCUCAAGGCUUUGGAUGUUGUGGGGCUGCGUUGGCAAACGCGACUCUGCAACAUCGCGUGGACAUCAGGGGCAGUUCCGCUGGAUUGGCAGACUGGGAUGGUGGUCCCCCUAUUUAAAAAGGGGGACCGAAGGAGGAGGGUCCGUCGGAUAGUCGAGCCUCGGAUUGAGGAAGAGCAGUGUGGUUUUCGUCCUGGCCGUGGAACGCUGGACCAGCUCUAUACCCUCAGCGGGGUCCUGGAGGGUGCAUGGGAGUUCGCUCAACCAGUCCACAUGUGUUUUGUGGACUUGGAGAAGGCUUUCGACCGUGUCCCUCGGGGUAUCCUGUGGGGGGUGCUCCGGGAGUAUGGGGUACCUGGCCCUUUGUUACGGGCUGUUCGGUCCCUGUACGACCGGAGUCAGAGUUUGGUUCGCAAUGCUGGUAAUAAUGUGGUCCUGUUGGCUUCAUCAAGUCGGGACCUACAGCUCUCGCUGGAGCGGUUGGCAGCCGAGUGCAAAGCGGCUGGGAUGAGGAUCAGUGCCUCCAAGUCCGAGACCAUGGUCUCUCACCGGAAAAGGGGAGAGUGCCUUCUCCGGGUCGGAGCGGACAUCCUUCCCCAAGUGGAGGAGUUCGAGUAUCUCGGGGUCUUGUUCGCGAAUGGGGGUAGGGAGCGUGAGAUCGAUAGGCGGAUCGGUGCGGCGUCUGCAGUAAUGCGGGCGCUGUACCGGUCUGUCGUGAUGAAGAGAGAGCUGAGCCUAAAGGCGAAGCUCUCAAUUUAUCGGUCAAUCUACGUUCCCACCCUCGUCUAUGGCCACGAACUUUGGGUAGUGACCGAAAGAACGAGAUCGCGGAUACAAGCGGCCGAAAUGAGUUUCCUCCGCAGGGUGGCUGGGCUCUCCCUUAGAGACAGGGUGAGAAGCUCGCCCAUCCGGGAGGGGCUCAGAGUAGAGCCGCUGCUCCUCCACGUGGAGAGGAGCCAGCUGAGGUGGCUCGGGCAUCUGAUCAGGAUGCCUCCUGGUCGCCUCCCUGGGGAGGUGUUCCGGGCUCGUCCCACCGGGAGAAGGCCCAGAGGUAGACCCAGGACCCGCUGGAGGGACUAUGUGUCCCGGCUGGCCUGGGAACGCCUCGGGAUCCCCCCAGAGGAGCUAGCAGAAGUGGCCGGGGAGAGGGAAGUCUGGGUCUCCCUGCUUCGGCUGCUGCCCCCGCGACCCGACCCCGGAUAA